GUCUACGCGCGUGUGUGAGAGAGUGGGUGUGUUGUGUGCGUAUGGAGGGUGGCCGAGCAGUGUGUGUGCAUUGCCUCGGACGCGACGGUUUUCAUUGCUUUGAUUUCCGAGAAAUGUCUGAAAGGUCAUGCAAGCUGCUCGGCAGCUUGUGAGAAGUCCAACAAACAGUGAUCCAUGCGGAUACUUUAUGACAACACAUCAAAUCUUGUCAGUGUCGUCUGCUGAACUGACCUACUGUAUCGUGCUAUGAAACUUGUUAAUUGUGUGUCAAUUCAAGCUUAAGUAGUCUUUGUCUACAUUCAAUUGACACAAUGGAAAACCAAAACAGCAGAGUUAUUGGUUACUAUGUGACUGAAAAGAAGAAUGCUAAAAUGAACUGGUCAGAAUUCGGUAACGUGUGCAGAAAUCAUGGCUUUUCUUUGAUGAAGGUGAACUUACAAGAAAGCCUAGAAAAUCAAGGUCCUUUUUUUGCCAUUAUUCAUAAGAUGACAGAGGUCAUACUAAAAGCAUCAACAGGAGAUUUAGAAGCAACUUCAGCUUUAGAAAAUGUUGAAUCCUAUAUAAAGUCUCAUCCAGAAGUCAUCGUGGUAGACUCUCUUGAUGGAGUACGUUCACUUAUGGAUCGUUCCCGUUACUACAGAAUUGUGCAGAACAGUGAUUUGGCUGAGGACAAAGUUUUUACUCCUACUUUUGUUGAUUUGACCUCUACGGACCUAAAAGAAAACCUGCAGCGCUUAAAUGAUGCUGGUGUGACAUAUCCUUUCAUUUGCAAACCAUCAGUCUCUCAUGGAUCAGAUGCUCACCAAAUGGCAAUUGUCUUUAAUAAAGAGGGAGUUGCCGACUGUCGACCACCAUGUGUGGCACAAAGUUUUAUUAAUCACAACGCUGUGCUCUAUAAAAUAUAUAUUGUUGGAGAUGACUUUAAUGUCUCAGAGCGUCCAUCUCUGAAGAAUUUUGCUCCAUCAGAUUCCAAGACAAUUUUUUUCACAACGUCUGAUGUGUCUAAGGCAGAUUCGCGAUCCAGCUUAACUGUUCUGGACCCAGAAGACUCUGCUGUUGCACCUUCAAGUAGCCCUGAUGUUCAACGCCUUCAGCACAUUGUCAGUACUUUGAGAAGAGAGCUGGGAAUGUUGCUUCUGGGGGUUGAUGUUGUCAUUGAGCAUGGGUCUGGUCGUUAUGGGAUUAUUGACAUCAAUGUCUUCCCAAGCUAUGAAGGCUUCCCAAAUUUCUUCCAAACUCUCAUGAACUACAUUUAUGACCCUGCUUCAAAAAACUCCGGAGCCAUUAAAAAGUCUAGAAGGUUGUCUGAUGAAGCUGCCGAAACAUCAUCAGCAAGAAAGUAUGAAAAAUUGAAUCAUCUUAAAGAUGACUUUUCAAAUUCAUCACCGUCAGCUUCUGAAAAAAAUCUAUUGUUAGGGGUUUCUAACAAAAAGACAAACAGCCUUGAAUGUGAUCAAGAUGAUUCUGGCUUUGAUACCAGUGAUUCAAGUGAUGAGCGCAAGAAAAAGUGGUGCAUUGCUCGUGGAAGAGGAGGGCAGAGUAGAAGGGUAGCUCAGCAGGUGGAGGGGUUUUCUAUUUCUCCACUGGACUCCUCAGCAAAUGUCAAUGACCAUUGUGUCAGAGCAGGACUUGGUGGAGUUUAACUAUUAAUCUAUAUUAAUCUAGGUAAGCCUAUCAAAAUCUUGCUCAUGAUAUCACAUUUUGUGAAAUUUGACUGAAUAGUGAAUGCAUUGCACUGUGUGAUAACAUUCCCUGAUUUAUCUACCGUCUAAUUCUAUCUACAUCAGUCCAAAGAUCAAUGACUUUUGUUUUUGAUAGCCUUUGCUACUUUAACCUUUGGUCCGGAUAGAAAUACUUCUUCCUGCUUGUUAUUGAAGCAUUAUUUUUUCUGUGUCAAUUUUACUUUUUUACUUGUUGUGACAUGAAUUAGUUUAAGUUAAUAAUAUAUUUUACUGUCAACUAAAGCAGCUACUUUAAAUUUUACUCAAAAUUCUUUAAAGUUUCUCGUAAGAAUUUAAGACACAUUAAGGAACAAUAUUCAAACCAUAACUAAUUUUCUUUUAAAAAAGAGCUUUGUGUUGUGUGCUCCUUGUACAUUGUGAUAACUUAGAGUAGAAAUUAGAUGUAAUAUGAAUAUCAUUCAAAAAGUUUAUUAUCAUGGUGAAUGACGGCUAACUAUAAACCUGGGGGACAUAACACAGAUUUUAUUCUUAGACUACUUUUAAAGUCAUGAACAAUACAUACCUUUCAUGAAGGGUUAAGAUUUUUAUGCCCUCCUAUGUUUUGCAAACAAGAAAAAAUGAUUUUCCUGGUUAACUUUGGUCUGGUGAGGUGAGAGUUCAGUUGUUUGUUGUUGAAGAGCAGCUUGUCUUCAAAAUGAAUGUAGACUUUUUAUUGUCCUUUGAUCUAAUUCAUGGUCCUUUUUCUUAGUUUUUACUGACAAAGCUGUUAAGACCCUGUUACUGUAAACUGGUUCAUGGUUUUAUUGUGAUAAGUUCUAUGGCCUUUGUUCUAUGUGUAUAGGAUGUUGUAUCUGUAUGACCAUGUGCUAAUGCAUGCCUAUAAGGUACAGUGUGUAAAAUAUAUUUGUUUUUAGAGGUUUCUUGUUUAUAUCUUCGCUAAUGCUUUUCUUUCUUUAUUAAUAUCAAUACCUAAUCUGUAUAAUUUUGAGUUAAAUAGAGUAAUUAAAAUUUAUUUGAAAGAAGAAAGAUUGUUUUGGUAGAUUACAUUUUGUAGGGAACCUUAAAAAAAAUAGAUACUGCACACAAAUUGUGUAAGAGAUGUAAAUUCCUUUGUCCUUUCUUUUCCUGUCCAUUAGUUUUCUUUUGGUGGUAUUUUCUUGUAUUGUCAUAAUAUUUGGAUAGCGAGGUGUGUGGAAGUGCCUUGAACCUGGCAGCCGGUUUCAAACAAGGCGUAUCACAUGGCAUAAAAAUUCAAUAUGGGUACUUGUUAUACCUUUUCCUUGCAGAAAUUUUAUUAUGACUUAUUUCAAUGUUUAAUACUGUAUGUCUCUGAAACUUAUGAAAUUAUUUUUCUAUUGGUUCUCUCCGAUUUUGAAACAAUAUUAUUAGGAGCGACUGCUCUGAAUCUGUGAUCAUUGAUGAUUCAAGACUGUUUUAUGUAUGUUCCACCUCCUUGUCAGCCAGAACCGCCAGAACACUAUGAUAAGUUUCCAUUCAAUGUUUCUUGCUAUUGUACAUCAUUAUUUUUGGAGAUGUUGGGAUAGAUAUGAAUUGAAGGCCUAAUAUUUGAAACACUUGAAAGAAAACAAAAACACAUUGCUUAUUUCUGUAGCUUAGAUUUGAUGCCAAAUACAUAUUAUAAAAAUAAAUAUCUAUGUUUGUAAGUGAGUCACGAUUUGCUAAUCAGUUUCAUAUUGUUAGUCCCAUUCCAAGCUGUACAUUUAUGUCGCAUUAGGUUUUAUUCAAAUUCAAAUUUUAAAAUUUGAAGUAUUAUCAUAAUUUAUUUUUAAAACAUUUCACUGGUAAUGGACUUCUUUUAAAACUGAAUAAAUCAAUGUUUCUGUUUCCACUUAA